AUGGCGUCCUCGACAGACAAAACACCAUCGGCAGACAUCAGCAAAGCACUCGCGCGCAUCAAGUCGCAUCCAACGCUCACCCCCUUCCGCCGGCGCGUCUACCGCACGCUUCUGUCCGUGCCAGCCUCGCGAUGGACCACCUACGCUGCCCUGGCCAGGCACCUCAGCUCCAGCCCGCGCGCAAUCGGCGCCGCCAUGAAGAGCAACCCCUUUGCGCCGGCCGUGCCGUGCCACCGCGUGCUGGCCGCCGACCGGUCGCUGGGCGGGUACAAGGGCGCAUGGAACAACGGCGGCGAGUACGCCGUGGAGAAGACGAAGCUGCUGGUCGCGGAGGGCGUGCAGUUUGACGGCGAUGGGAAAGCGAUGGGCCCUAAUAGGAAGCCGAUCCCCCGCACUCACUUCUCUCCUCUUCGUGGACACGCGCUCGUCCCUAGGCAUGAUGCCGAGUGGAAUGUCGUGCUACAUUCCCCUCGCCAGCAAGGAUGGAUGCUCCUCCGGCUGUUCCCUCUUAUAUGUACGGAGAAUUCACGAGUCACGUACCUACAGUCCUGCAAAAUGCGUCUCUGCUCGUCAUUGCUUCUGAUCUUUCUGGCCUCGCACGUCGCGGCCCAGCCUUCUCCGAUCGACUACUCUCAAUAUGUAAACGCAUUCAUCGGCUCCGAGGGCCCAACCCCAGGACAAGCGUUCGGCGGCGGCGACAUCUUUGUUGGCGGCGCGCGCCCAUUUGGAGUCGUCAAAUUCGGCGUCGACACGACUGCUGCCAACUGGACCCUGGCCACGCUGAACGGCGGGUGGACUCCCGACGGCAAUGUGACGGCUUUCACGAUGAUGCACGAGAGCGGCACAGGCGGUGCGCCCAAGUACGGCAUCAUUCCACAGAUGCCAUUGACGUCGGUCGAUGCGCCCGUCAAUCUGCUCGAGAAUCUGACUUAUGCGCAGCCGAGGGUCGGCAACGACACCGCCAGUGUCGGAUACUUCAGAACCACGCUGCAAAAUGGAGUUGUCGCAGAGCUCUCCGCGUCUCGACAUGCCGGCAUCAUUAACUAUUCCUUUCCAAGCGGGGAGAAAUAUAUCUUGGUUGAUGUAUCUCAUUAUCUCCCCGGCUCGCCUGGAGACACUAGCUCUCAGUUCUACGUUGCCGGCGAAAUCAAAAUCAACCGGGAAGAAGGUUCGUAUGAAGGAUACGGAACCUAUGUUGGGGGGUUCAACAAUGGCGCCCCAUACACGGUAUAUUUCUAUGGCGAAUUCUCCCUAGCUCCCCAGGAAUCAACCACAUUCUCCGGAGCAAACACCAGUCCCAUGCCGCGAUACCAAAACCUAGCAAACGGCGGUAUCCCCGAGCCCGUCUACGGCAACCAAAGCACAAACAAGGCAACUUCGGGGCCCUUGAACUCGCGUGUUGGCGCUCUAUUCCGCUGGAACAACUCUCCCGAGUCCACGCAAAACAUCACCUCCCGCAUCGGCAUCUCAUUCAUCUCCACGGCCAAAGCCAAAUCGUAUAUUGCCUCGGAAAUCCCUAGUUGGAACCUAAAUGAUACCGUGGCCGAUUCCGUGCAUGAGUGGAAUACAGAUGUAUUCAGCAAGAUCAGGGUGCCGGUGGAUGAUGACGUUUCGACCAAUAUCACGAAUUUGAGACUCCUCUAUAGCUCGCUGUACUUCAUGCAUUUAAUGCCCUCUGAUCGAUCUGGGGAAAAUCCUUUGUGGGUCUCUGAAGAGCCGUUUUGGGACGAUUUCUAUACCUUGUGUAAGCUUUCUGCUUCUUUUUUACAUGUGGGAAAGCCUACGUACUACGAGUCUAUGAUCCGCGGUAUUAUUGAUAUCUUCAGACACCAAGGAUAUCUCCCUGACGGCCGAUCCGGAAAUUGGAACGGCCUGGUCCAAGGAGGCUCUGACGCCGACAACGUCCUAGCCGACGCAUACAUCAAGGGUCUACGAGGCAGCAUAAACUGGCCCGACGCCUAUGCCGCAAUGCUCAAAAACGCCGAAGUCACGCCCUACAACACCUUUGACCCCACGGACCUCACAGGCAGCACAAAGGAGGGUCGUGGUGCGCUUGACGACUGGCUGGAACUCGGCUAUGUGGCUGUUGACCACAACUCGCGCUGCAUCUCACGCACCGUCGAAUACAGUCUGAACGAUUUUGCGUUGAGUCAGGUCGCGUCGGGAAUUGAGCCGCGGGAUCAGCAGAAGUAUCUCAAUAGAUCUGCGGGAUGGCAGUUGAUUUGGAAUCGGGAGGUGACCAGCUUGGGGUUUACGGGGUUUUUGGCUCCGAGGUAUGCGAAUGGUUCGUUUGAGGGGAGUGCGUAUGAUCCGCUGUACUGCGGGGGAUGUGAAUGGAGUUCUAUCACGUAUGAAGGCGUUCCCUGGGAAUACUCGUUUGUCAUUCCUCACGACGUGGAGACUUUGAUUGAGUUUAUGGGAGGGUCAUCCACGUUUGAGUCAAGGCUGGACUUGAUGUUCGUGCCAGGCGUCGCGAAGCAGGAUCUCGGAGCCAACGGAGCCGGCAUCACCACCCUCAUGAAUAUCGGAAAUGAACCCGACUUUGCCACUCCCUAUCUGUACCAUUACAUCAACAAACAAGCAAAAUCAGUCCAACAGAGUCGCAAUCUGAGUAACACAUACUUCAAAGACGCCGCCUACGGAAUCCCCGGCAACAGCGACGCUGGCGCCAUGAACUCCUGGCUCCUUUGGCAGCUCAUCGGCCUGUAUCCCAUCGUCACUCAGCCAAUUUACCUCAUCGGAUCACCUUGGUUUCCCGAUAUCAACAUGACGGUAAACGUUAACCAGACGUUGCGCAUCACUGCGUCUGGUUUGGACUAUAAUCGGGGCUCGUACUAUGUACAGAGUGUGCGUGUGAAUGGCCAGGCUUGGGACAAGAAUUGGUUGACGCAUGAGGAUGUGUUUGUGCAUGGGGGGAGCAUUGAAUUUGUCCUGGGCACGAAUAUGACUGCUUGGGAGACUGGGGGUGUGCCCCCGUCGCCUGGGCAUGUUACCUUGUAA